UUUUUUAUUUUUUUAUUUAAAUAAUUAUUUAUUAUAUAUAUAAAUAACAAGGGCAUAAGAGUCUUUUGUCACUUAAUGAAGAAGGUAUUUUUUGAAAAUGUCUCAUUAGUGGUGGUAAAAAUGAAAAGUGGUACCAUGAAAGUGGUAAACAUGUAAUUUCUUCUACAAUAUUGGAUCAAUUCUUUUAUGGUAACUUUAUAAUUAACUGUUAUAAAAAUUAAUGUGAAUGCGGAAAGAAUGUGAAUUCUCAAAUAAUAUUUAUAUACUAUUAUUUGAGAAGUCAGCUUUUUACGUGUAGCAUUAUGUUAAUUUUUACGAUGGUUAAUUUGCAGAGGUAUACUUAAUGAAUUAGAAAUAUUAUAUUGAAUUACUGUUAUUAAACUCUUUAUUUUUAAUUAUUAUUUUUUGUAAAUUAGAUGCUACUUCAUUUUCCCUUAAGUAUCAUAUAUAAUAUGGAAACAUUUAUAAAAUUUAAAGGAAAAAUUUUUAAAAAGAAAUAAAUUUCUCUAUAAUAUUAUUUGGAAAAUCAGUUUCUUACGUGUCGCGCCCAUGUUAAUUUUUAUGAUGGUUAAUAACAAAAAUACCCUUAAUGAAUUAAAAAUAUUAUAUUUAAUUAUCUGUAUUAGAACUUCUUUUUUAUUAAUUAAUUAUGUAUAUUGGAUUUUAGUUCAGCUGUGUUCCAAAAAAAGUUUUUAAUUUAGUUUCCUUUUUUAUGUUUUUCAAAUAAAUAUAUAAUAUGGAAACAUUUUAAAAGAAUAAAUUUUUACAUAUAAUGUGAUUACAUAAGAUAUAAGUUCACUAAAAUAAUUUUGAUAUUAAAAAUAAAUCAUUAAUAUCAAGUAUUAAUACCAAACUUUAUAUUAUAUCUAGAAUGUUUAUAAUUCUUACUAAAUUAGGGGUAUUAAACGCUUACUCUAAGUGAUUAAAUUAUUUUUACCACGUAAUAUUUUAUACCAUUAAAUUUUCACUCUAGCUGACCAAAUCAACAUAUAUCAAAUUAUUAAAAUACAAACAUAUACUUAUACAUCUAAGUUGUAAUAAAACUAACUCAAUUUGGCCUAAUUGAACCAAAAAUAAUUAUCUUUCAAUUUCAAAGAAUAUGUGUAACUCAAAACCCACCACAAAAUAUUAGCUGGACUUAUCCAGAUUUUUAUAUCUAAAAUCAAAGGUUUAACUAAAAUAACAGCAUAUUAUUUUAUAGCAAGAUUUUAUUUAUUGUAUACAUAUUAUUACAGAAUAACUCAAAAUCUUUUAUAUAUUAAAGCAAAAGUCACUUGACAAAUAGAAAAGUUUUUAGAAAAUAAAAACAAUUGACUGAAAAAAAAAAGCUCUUCGAUCCCUAAUUUUUAGCAAUUAUAUCUCACUAUCUAAUCUAUUAAAACUGAAGUACAAAUAUUGAUUAACCCUUAAAACUUCAACUUAAUUAAACCUAAAUGCCAAUGAAUUAAUAACUACUCUUUUUUAGCAUUAAUUGUUUUUUUUUCAAAUUAAAUACAUAAUUUCUUAAAUUGAAUGCAUAAAAAAUCAAUAUAAAUCUCCAACUCACAAUUUCGUAAAUAAAUUGAACAAAAAAUUUCAGUAUAAUUAUUUUACUUACGGAUUGCACAUAAUACUAUAAAUUUUAAUGUACAUCAACAUUAAACACAAAAUAUAAUACUAUACACAAAAUAUAAUCUAUCAUCAUUUGUUUUUUUGCUGCCCAUACCUCCCCCACGUAACUCUUCUUCCUUUCCAAUAUGAACUUCUGUCCUUUUCUUAAAUUUAUAUGGGUUUGUAAAUAAAUUAAAAUUUAUAAGGGCUAUAUUAAUGCAAUAAAAUACUUUAAUGCACAUCAAUACUAUACAUAAAUGGAUUCUCUUUGCAAAGAUCCAUCAACGUAACUCUUCUUCCUCAAAAUUCUAUGCACUAAAUCAUAUAUAAUAUUAAUUUUAAAAAUUUUAGUGAUAUUGGAAAUUAUUUUAUUCAUUUACUAAAUUAAUUUAAAACUUUAAGACAUUAAAAAUUAUCAUUUAUUAAUAAUAAAUGAAAAGGUAAAAAACCACAUAAAAAUCAAUUUAUAUAGUAUAUAAAUAAAAUAUAAAAAUCUAUUAGUGUAUUAUAAGAAGACUAUUUUCAUAUAAAUAUAAAUCCAACUGCUGAAAAAAAUAUAUAAAUCCAACUAUUAUACAUGCGGGAUGGUUAAAAAUAUAAUGUUAAACGUAGAAAAAAUAAUUAAUUUGCAUACACAUAAAAUUACAUGUAAAAGCCACAUAAAUCGAUUUAUGUAUUCCUUUACUCAAUUUGGAACACAAUAUCAUUUUAAAACUAUUUAUUUAUAUUUCUCAUUAUUUAUUAUUAAUAAUUAAAAUAAAAACCACAUGAAAUAAUCAUUUAUAUAAUAUAUAAAUAAAAUAUAAAUUAUUCCUUUAAUAUACUAUUGGUAGCAUAUUUUUAUAUAAAUAAAAGUCUACUAAAAAUGGAAUACAAUAAAUUUAUAUGAUAAAAAUAUGGGUGAUAAAAUUAACUUUAAAAAAAUAAAAUAUAAUUAUGCAAUGUGAUAAAUAAAAUUAGUAUAUUUAAAAUGUCAUAUUAAACAACUAUAUAUUAUGUGUAAACUAUAAAUUUAUAUUAUGUAAUUUAUACAAAACAAAAUUUUAUUUAUAAAAAUAAAACUAAAUAUCCGUGAUGGCAUGGUUCAAGCUCUAGUUUCAUUUAAGUUGAAAGCCACUUUACCACGAUCUUAAACUGUUUUCCUCUUUUAUAUAACUUUUGUUCUAAUAAUUUACUUUAUGUUUCUUUUUUCUCCUUUGUCUAUCUUCUCCAAUAAAGCAACAAAUCUUUUCACCUCUCUUAUAUCAGCAAUUUUGACUUCGUCUUUCUUCGAUCCCUGGUGAUCACGGUUUGGAGAGAUAGGAUGAAGCAUAAAAUAUUAUUCUUGUGGAAAACCCAUAAUUACACUCUCGGGCAGUGAUCUUCCAGCUGAAUCAAAGAUGCAUAAGGUUGUGGCCUCAAGAAGAAAGUUUGCCACUUUUACUUUUUUUUUUUUUUGUUGAUUCAAUUAUCUUUUAGUAUUCACUAUUGCAAUUGAUGAAGCUAAAACUAUUGCUGAACGUAUAACGAAGCUUGCAUUUCUGAAUCCCAAGUUGAAUCACUUUACUAUUGCUAAACAAAUCUUUUUAAUCUAUAAAAGGCAAACUAAAUUUGUAAAUUUUAAUCUUAUAAAUUAAACAAACUAUCAAAAUAAGUAAUGACUAAUGUGGGUUAAUUUUGGUUAAAUGUGUGUUUAAAAAAAACAUGUUAGGUGAAUUAACAUAAAAUGUCAAUUUCAAACUAUAAGCAAACUAAAAUAAUAAAUUUAUUAUAAUCAUCGUAUCAGAAUUUUGCACUAAACUACACUAAGUAUUUCUUAUUCUGUACAACCAUCAAAUAUUGUAUUUCAAUUAUAUUUUGUAUUUUGGAUAUAUUUUAUUUAUUUUUGAAAAAUUCUACAAACCUUUUAACAGCUUUGUUUCAAUGCAUGUACCUCUAAUAUUAAGUGCUACUAUUCAUAUAAUAUUUUAAACAACAUUCACUCUAUUUGAAAAUUAAGAGGAUGAUCAAAUAAUUUUUAAAACAGUGAAUUGACAUGUGUGUGCACAUGCGUAAUACUAGUAUAUUAAUAAAACAUUAACCAAUUUUUACAAGGGUAAUUGCACUUGAUAUACACGAUAUUAAGAUUAUUUAGGUGAUCGGAAACCUACUGUUUUUUCUAUAUAUCCCACAAGUACCCCUAUAACCUAGUGAUCGACAUUAUCGUUAGGCUAUAGGUAUGGAAAAAUAUCUCUGAGAUCUUUUUAUUUUUAUUAAUAAAAUACAUAUUCGACAGAAAAAAGAUGGCGAUAGAAAAAGACGACUCAAGAUCUAGGUUUUUAGAUGGCGGCACUCGAUUGGAUUUGGGGAUUCUGCAAGGUUUUUUCAGGGGUUAACAAGGAUCUUCAUCAGGAUCAUGUCUCUCUUAUAUUGCGCGAGGAAAGGAAGCGUUCAGGGGACGGGGAAGAGGAUGAAAAACGAAUCAAGUAGACCGGGUACGAGCUGGAAAAGGAUUCGACGAUUUGCGAUUCAAUUGCAGAUAAGGGUCUCUCUUUGGGAUUCUAUGGAAAUUGAAGGAAAGAUCGGAUCUUUGGGAUUCGCGAUGAACGGGAAUACAGAGGAUCUAAAGGCGAUAAUGGGUUUCAGAGAGGAUAUGGAAUGUUGGAGGCAAUCAUCAUUUGAGCAACACUUAACAGGUGUAGCCAAGCUGGAUAUGCCUACUAUAGCUCUGCAGCCUAUAUACACAACUUGUAUAUUACAACGGGACAUAGAGAAAACAAAGAAAGAAAAAAUGGAUCAAAGUUUGUACAGCAAGUGCUUGGUUAUUUUGUCAGUAAUGGGGAUGAUCGGAACAUCAUCUGCGGCAUAUGCUGGGGGCCCGUGGCGCCGUGCCUCAGCCACCUUUUACGGGGAUGAAACUGCCCGCGAAACCAUGGGUGGGGCUUGUGGCUAUGGCAACCUAUGGAACAGCGGCUACGGUGCAGCCACGUCGGCAUUAAGUACAGUGCUGUUCAACGAUGGUUACUCGUGCGGUCAGUGUUUCCAAAUAAGGUGUGUGUCGUCGCCUAACUGCUACUACGGUUCACCAGCCACCGUGGUGACUGCAACCAACAUAUGUCCACCGAAUUGGGGUCAAAAUUCCAACAACGGUGGGUGGUGUAAUCCGCCACGUGCCCAUUUUGAUCUGACUAAACCGGCUUUCAUGAAAAUCGCAAAUUGGAAGGCUGGUAUCAUCCCCAUCUCAUACCGGAGAGUGGCUUGCAAAAGGACUGGAGGAAUAAGGUUCAAAUUUGAAGGAAAUGGAUAUUGGCUUCUUGUGUACGUGAUGAACGUAGGUGGUGCUGGCGAUAUAAAGACCAUGGCCGUUAAAGGUAGCCGCACGAACUGGAUCAACAUGAGCCACAACUGGGGAGCUUCGUACCAAGCUUUCUCUUCUCUCUAUGGCCAAUCUCUCUCGUUUAGACUCACCUCCUACACCACUCGUCAGACCAUUUACGCUUGGAAUGCUGCUCCGGCUAGCUGGAGCGCCGGCCAGACCUACAAGAGCAAUGCUAAUUUCAGCUGAUUCGAUUGAAAAGGACAAAGUUACGGUUUUACUCUUUGUAAUCUUGAGGCAGAUCGAUCGAGGGGAUAUCUAAUUUUUAAUAACUCGAUUUGAUUGUAUGUAGUGGUAACUAAUUCUUGUGUAUUUUGUUUUGUCCAUCAAUGGUUAUGAGAAAAAGGAUGUCUCGUUAAUUGGCUUCAACGAGACAAAUUGUUGAA